AUGAGGUGGCGUAUGCGCCGUCACUCCAGGACAAUCUGUCUGUCCUUGGCCUUCAUCAGUAUUUUCCUCCACCUCCUGCUGGCGCUGGUCUCUUUCUCUGCGUACCAGCAGCCGUGUGACGCCCCUCUGCCACCGGGGACACACAUCCUGAGGGCCCUGGCACGCACAAGCUACACCUCUGUGGGUGGCUUGUCGGUGAAAGAGGGUAAAAAUGCUUUGCUCAACAUGGCAGCCAAGGUGGGUCGUCAUGGCGUCAGCAUGGCUGGACCCGUGGAAUCUGGCCGGUCCAAGUUAGAGGCGUUGUUCAGCCAUCCACUGUACAAUAUACCCAGCCCACCCGUCUCCGAGGAGGACUGGCUGCUCAAAGUCAAACCAAAGGUCAAAGUCAGUGAGAGGAGCUCCCAGAUUUGGGUGAGUGACAAUCAGGACGGCUAUGAGGACACCCAGUGGACCGGUGACAAUCAACCCCCCUGGCUGCGUUUCCACCUGAACAUCUCCCGCUGGCAGCUGUACGCCCCACACGACCCCAACAUAGAGCCCCUGCUCCAGCAGCUCGCUACACACCGCGUCGUGAGCGCAGUGCAGAAGUCUGGGGGGACGCAACUGAAGCUGGUGAUGACAUUUCCCAACUAUGGACAGGCCAUGCUCAAACCCAUGAAGCAGGAGAGAGACGAAGAAACCAACUACAACCUCUACUACUUCUCUGACUUCGAAAGGCACAAUGCAGAAAUCGCAGCCUUCCACCUGGACAGGAUCCUGGGUUACAGGCGGAUCCCUCCAGUGGUUGGGCGGCUGGUGGAUGUAGUCAAGGAGAUCAAAGACGUCACCACAGACCGCAAACUGGCCCGAACCUUCUUUACCUCCCCUGUGGGCAAUGUGUGUUUCUAUGGCCUGUGUUCAUACUACUGUUCGACAGAGCAUGCUGUGUGUGGCCGUCCCACGGCUUUAGAGGUUUCCCUGGCUGUCAUGCUGCCGGAUCUUUCCCUGGCGACCCGCAGGACCUGGAGGUCACCCUGGAGACGCUCCUACAGCCGCAGCAAGCUGGCAAAAUGGGAGACAGAUCCAGACUACUGCUCUGCCGUGAAAAAGACCCCGCCGUAUGACAAGGGCACCAGGCUGGUGGACUUCAUAGACAUGGUCAUACUGGACUUCCUGAUGAGUAACAUGGACAGACAUCACUAUGAAACCUUUGAGAAGUUUGGCAACAACACUUUUCUGCUGCACCUUGACAAUGGAAGAGCAUUUGGGCGCCACUCCAAAGAUGAGCCCUCUAUCCUAGUUCCACUAGAGCAGUGUUGCAGAAUUCGUCGUUCCACUUGGCUGCGCCUGCGUCUCCUGUCUCAGGCUCAGUACCAGCUCAGUGAUGUCAUGCGGGAGUCACUAUCCCAUGAUCCAUUGGCCAGCGUGGCACCUCUGCUGUCGGAGCCCCACCUUGCUGCCCUUGACCGGCGUUUGGCGACUGUGCUACAGACCGUCAGCCGCUGCCAAGAGCGACAGACAGGGGUCGGUGGUGAUGAUGAGGUCAUUUAUGAUGACAUUGCUUCCAUUAAGGACAUGGUCACUUCUGGUGGAUAG